CAAUAUGUAAACACGGCAAAAAAAUGAGCGCUGAAAACGUGCUUCCAUGCCCAAUUUGCGCCAAGUCUUUUUCUUCAGACACAAUUAAUCAACAUCUCGAUAACUGUCUGAACCCAGGAGACUCGAUACAAUUAGCUGACACACUUUCAGUUCCACAAUCGAAAAAACGAAAAUCUGAUCAAGAUGAAAGCUCUGGUAAAGGAUGGGGUUUUCUGAUGGGUCCAAGUAGUGGUGUAGGGUCUAAAAGACCUAAACUCGGGAAACCUGGUGAACAGCCUCGCUCAAGUAAAACUAUUGUCAUUGAUGCUGAUGAAGAUUCCAAUGAUAAUCACAGUGAUGGUAAAAUCGAACAGUGUAAAAUUGAAAUCGAAGUUUCACCAGUUGAAAGAACAGCUCAUUCUUUAAGAAAGGAAUCUACAGCAGAGACUAAUGUAUUGAGUAAUGCUUCUCAAAGUAAAACAUCUACCAUUGAUAUGGGAAUACCACUUGCAGAGCAAAUGCGUCCUUCCUCGUUGGAAAUGUAUAUUGGUCAAGACAAAGCAGUUGGGAAAGAGAAAAUGUUAGCUCAUCUUCUAUCCAGUGACGUUGUACCAUCAAUGAUUUUAUGGGGCCCUCCAGGCUGUGGAAAGACAACUUUAGCCAAGAUAAUUGCACACAAAUGCAAAAUAAAGUCGAAGUUUGUUCAACUGUCAGCAACAUCUUCAGGAGUGAAUGAUGUAAAGGAAGUGAUAAAGAAAGCCAAGAAUGACUACAAGAUGUUGAGAAAAAGAACCAUUCUUUUUCUGGAUGAGAUUCAUAGGUUUAAUAAGUUACAACAGGAUUCCCUAUUGCCUCACGUUGAAGAUGGCACAAUAACAUUGAUCGGUGCUACAACAGAAAAUCCUUCCUUCCAAGUGAAUAGCGCUCUUCUUAGCCGAUGUCGAGUCAUUGUCUUAGAGAAGCUUGAUGCGGAUGCUGUAAUGAAGAUCCUGGUCCGAGCAGUUGAGAGGCUUGAUUUUGAGAUUAUUGAAGAAAAAGAAGAAAAAUCAAAGGUAACAAGAUGUAUAGAGAAGACAGCGCUUGACUUCCUUGCCAACGUCUGUGAUGGUGAUGCAAGGGUGGCACUCAAUGGUUUACAAGUGGUCAUCCAGUCUCAGUUAGCAACAGUAACGAAUGAGAUGAAAACAGUCGUUAUAACCACUAAUCAUGUGAAAGAUGCUCUCCAGAGGUCACAUAUAGCCUAUGAUAAAACAGGUGAAGAACACUAUAACACUAUAUCUGCCUUACACAAGUCAAUGCGAGGCUCAGACGCCAGUGCAGCUCUCUACUGGCUUGCUAGGAUGAUGGAAGGGGGAGAGGAGCCAUUAUACAUUGCCAGACGGUUGAUAGAGUUUGCAAGUGAAGAUGUUGGUCUAGCUGAUCCACAAGCCCUUGUGUUGGCAGUGGCGACUUACCAGGCUACUCAUUUUAUAGGCAGGCCGGAGUGUGAGAAACCCUUAUCAGAAUGUGUUGUUUACCUUGCCCGGGCCCCGAAAUCAACGGAAAUUGUCGAGGCGUACACGCGGGCAAAGAAAAGCGUUCAUGAACAACAAGGUCCUUUACCGCCAGUACCUUUACACCUGCGGAAUGCUUCAACAAAACUUAUGAAAAAUUUGGGCUAUGGUAAGGGCUACAAGUACAACCCGGCCUUCAAGGAGCCAGUGAAACAGGAUUACUUCCCCGAGGGACUCGUUGGAACUAACUUCUUCAAAUGACAGUUGAAGUCAAAUUGUUGUGCAUAAAUGUACUUGGUACAGUGAUUUGAUUCUUUUAGAAUCGAUGAAUUUGGUCUUUAAUGUAUUUGUUUAAUGAUUAAUAAAAGCCAGAUGAAUUAG